GAUUGCUAAAUGUGGUAUAAGGAGUGCACUGAAGCCUGAAUCUGUAUCUUGGCCAACCAGCUAUCUCUCAAUGCCUUAGGGGGACAGACACAAGGGAUAAAACAAAAACACGUCGGAAUAAAUCACAAGACAGCGGCAUUGCAGAAAUGGAAGAGCUUCCCGUCCCCCACAACAUCAAAAUCAGCAACAUCACAUGUGACUCCUUCAAGAUCUCCUGGGACAUGGAUCCCAAAUCCAAGGACCGGAUCACCCACUACUUUAUUGAUCUGAACAAAAAAGAGAACAAGAAUUCCAACAAGUUUAAACAUAAGGAUGUUCCUACCAAGCUGGUGGCCAAAGCGGUUCCCCUGCCCAUGACAGUCCGUGGUCACUGGUUUCUGAGCCCAAGAACUGAGUACACGGUGGCUGUCCAGACGGCCUCCAAGCAAGUUGACGGGGAUUAUGUGGUGUCUGAAUGGAGUGAAAUCAUUGAGUUCUGUACUGCAGAUUACUCCAAGGUGCACCUCACGCAGCUGAUGGAAAAGGCAGAAGCCAUUGCGGGUCGGAUGCUCAAAUUCUCCGUUUUUUAUCGGAACCAACACAAAGAGUACUUCGACUAUAUUCGCGAGCAUCAUGGGAACGUCAUGCAGCCGUCUCUAAAGGACAACAGCGGCAGCCACGGCUCCCCCAUCAGCACCAAGCUGGAAGGCAUCUUCUUCAGCUGCAACACAGAGUUCAAUACAGGGAAGCCCCCGCAAGACUCCCCGUAUGGACGCUACCGCGUGGAGGUCCCUGCUGAAAAACUCUUCAACCCAAACACCAACUUGUACUUUGGGGACUUCUACUGUAUGUACACGGCCUACCACUAUGUCAUCCUGGUCAUCGCCCCCAUGGGUUCCCCCGGCGACGAGUUCUGCAAGCAGCGCCUGCCCCAGCUGAGCCUGAGCGACAACAAAUUCCUGACCUGCACCCAAGAACAUGGCGGCCUCGUAUUCCACCAGGCCCAGGAUGUUAUCUUGGAGGUUAUUUACACUGACCCUGUGGAUCUUUCUUGGGGCACGGUGGCAGAAAUCAUCGGCCACCAACUCAUGAGCUUGUCGACUGCCAACGCAAAGAAAGACCCAAGCUGCAAGACCUGCAACAUUAGCGUUGGACGUUAAAUCCCGCCCCCCCACCGACCCGCCAACAAAGCAGUUAAUCUAACCCGUUCCAUCCUUACCAGACGUGAUGUCCGGAAGCAUGCAAAAAUGCAGCUUUGACCAAAAGUGAAUCUAGAACACCAUCCCCCCCUUCCUUCGCUGCCUGACGAAGCCCGCAACGCGCUUUUUUUUGGCACCGCCCAGUUGGUCCUCUCGCAGCAAAGGAUUUCAAUUGCUUUUUUUACAACUUUUUUUGAAGUUGCUGCUGCUCUUAACCAUGAUGGUCGGGACACCGCCAAUCCCAGGGGAGAAAAAAAAUUAAAAAAGGGGGGGGUGGGUGGGUGGAUGUUGCUCUAUUUUUGUUGCAGUUUUACUUCUUCCUUUGCCAAAACGUAACGAAACUCUACGUAGAACGCUUUAGCAAGGUAAAAAAUAUAAAUAAACCAAUCAUGGCUUUUUUUCGGGGUGUCUAAAUAGCAAAUAUUUACUAAAAGAAUAAACCUAUUGGAAUAACUACACAGCAUGAUCAAUUGUAACUGCUGCAUGACUGAGCUCCGGAACCCUAGAUUACUCCGUCGGCGAGCGCUAAACGUUCCACGAUAUUAGCUUACCAAGAAACAGAAAAAAAAAAACGCUCUCCAAACGCCAUCGAUAACGAUAGAAAAAUAUUUUAUUUGUACCGCUGUAUAAAAUAUUUACAAUCAUAUAGAAUCUAUAGAGCACAUUUUAUUAGCAACUGUAUACGUGUCAUCCGCCAUUCCUCCCCCUUAUCAGAGGUGUCGACUGUAAACUUCAUAUAUAGAGUUGUGUAUACGUUCCUGUUGCUUCGGAGAUUUUGAUUAAAAAAAAAACAAAACAAACAAAAAAAAAAACAAACAAAUAACGUGGUUUCCAGGUUCGUACCGUAUGUUGAAAAACGACUCCAUAUAUCUAUAUAUAUAUAACGAAAACCAUCACGAUAAAAACCAUAGAAUUCCACUUGCAAACGGCCCAUUAUUCUCCUUUUUUUUUUUUCUUCUUCGAUCAAUAAAAGUUUGAAAACUU